AUGUAAACAAUAAUAAUUCCGCAGUUCUCUGUGCGCAGUUCUGUGAAGAAUCCAAUAAUUCAUGCUUAUCUUAUCCUAAUUUUAUUUAGUGAUAAGAAAUACGCGAGAUGGACGCAUACUGCGAAAAUCUUCCAAAAAUUGAGUUACAUGCCCAUUUGAACGGUUCUUUGAGCGAAAAAACGCUUGAAGAAUUGGGCUGUCAGUUUAAUAAUGUAGAGGAGUACCAAAAACUGAACAAAAUCUUUGGAAAAACUGAAAAAACCCUUGAAGACUGCUUCGAGUUGUUUAAAAUAGCACACAAUGUUACAAACAAUGUGGAAUCCGUUUAUCAUGCUACAAAAUGUGUUAUUCAGGAUUUCAGUGCUGAAAAUGUGAUUUAUCUGGAGUUAAGAACCACUCCUCGAUCAGAAUCGACAAUGACCAAAGAACAAUAUAUAGAAGCUGUAGUGAGGGCUAUAAUAGAUAAUAAGAAUAAUAUUAUAGUUAAGUUAUUGUUAUCAUUGGAUAGAAGUCAUUCCAAAGAAGUAUCCGAGGAAGCUUUAGAUUUAAUCAUUAAAAUGAAGGAAAGGUAUCCGAAUAUCAUAAGAGGGGUGGAUUUAUGUGGAAAUCCAAAUGAGGGGAAAUUUUGCGGCGAUUUGUUUUUGAAAGCCAGGGAAAACGGGUUAAAGUUGGCGAUACAUUGCGGGGAAGUCAAAAACAAUGCGGAAGUAAAGGAUAUUUUAAAAAUUCAACCCGACAGGAUUGGGCAUGGGACUUGCAUUCAUCCUGGUUAUGGGGGUAGCCAAGAUAUUUGGGAUUUAUAUAAAAAGCUUAAAAUACCCACCGAAUGUUGCCUAACCUCAAAUGUGGUCUGUGGUAGCUCUGAAAGUUACGAAAAACAUCAUGUACAGGAAUGGAUAAAAAAUGAGCUCCCUUUCUGUAUAAAUACUGAUGACAAAGGCGUUUUUUGUACGAGUUUGUCUCAGGAAUUUGAGGUUAUCUCGAGAUUAUUCAAUUUUACCAAACAUAACCUGUGGAAAAUAUCGUAUGAUACCAUUGACUACACGUUUUGUGAUAAAAUGGAAAAGGACAGCUUGAGAAAAUAUUUAAUGAAAUGGGCAACUGAAAACACGAAAUAGUUUUUUAAAUUUUUAUUGUUAUAUAAAAAUUAAUAAAUAAUACUAUAUUAAUUAAUACAACUUUGUAA